CGAUAGCCGGGCAGGGAGACACUGGCUGAUAACGGCUGUCAAGGGGAGCGGGAGGGGUGGUGUUUGCGAGCCGCGAUGGGGGCGCGUAGGAAGGCUUGAUCCGCCUCAGAGAAACGCUGCCGUCUGAUCGGAAGGCCGAGAAGAUUGAGGACUACAUUCCUGAAUGCAGCAUGAAUAUUUAAGAUUUCAGAAAUGGAGAAUUGCAAAAACAACAACAGAUACAGUAGAAUUGGAAUCUUUACAGAAUUACAUCUUACAGAUGUAUAGAGUCAGUUCCUGAAAAUAAACAAUGGAAUAGGAAUUGUAAUUUUUACAAAGUUAUAUCUUCUAUGAGAAUCAGUUCCUGGAAAAAAAAAAACAAUCUGCAGGAUUUGAAUAUAUAAAGAAUCCCGGGAUAGAUAAAAAUUGCUGAUAAUGGAGACUUACUUUCACUUCCUCCAAAAAACGUAUAAUGAUAUAAUUGCUGGUGUUUUGUUAGCCCAAGAUAAUUACAAAUGUGCAGCUCUUCUAAAUCCUUCAGUUUUUUCAUCGCCAAAAAAUUGUGAAUUAUGUGCCUGUCAUUUUUUUUCUAAAUUGGAUGCUCAGCUCUCUUCCAGUCUAGACCCAAUAAACAGUGAACAUGAUAUUUCUACAAACCUUAGCCAUCUGAAGUGCCACGCCCGGGAAAUUAUUCUGCUUCAGUUAACUUUGAUCGAGAUGAUGCUUGCCAAACUGCAUCUGCAAGAGGUGGCUAAUGAAAUAAAACAGAAAUACCUGAAGAUCCUAAGAAUCCUGGAAGAAUCAAACAUUUUCUCUGAAUUAAUUCAUCUGUUACGUAGUUCAGAUAAACAGCUCUCUUACAUGGCUUCUAAAAGUUUGGCUUCCCUUGUGCAUUUUCAGCUAAGAGAAGAGAAUUCAUCCAAUAGCGCCUGGCUUGCUUUUUGUUUAGAGACUUUAUCACGAUUUCCCAGUAAUAGUUCAAUAGCAGAAUGCCUCUGGAUUUUGACCAAUGUAAUAAAAGAAAUUUUGAAUGAUGACAACCCUUGCAAAGAAGGUGACCUGAAGAAACUUCUUACUCCACUUAAUAACGUGCUGGAAAACUUUUACAGUUCCAUCCUUUCUUAUUAUUCAUCUGCUCACAAUAUUCCACUACCUGCAAAAUCAAUCAAUGACAUGAAUAGCUUUCUAGAUCUCUUUGAGCUGCUUGCCGCUUCCAGGAUUCACGUGCCACUCAACCUUGGAUGCCAGAGGGUAUUGUUUUUGAACUCUUGCAAUAUCAGCUGCCUUGCCACAUUACCCGUUUGUGAUUUCAUCAAGAAGAAAUCGAUUGCGUUGCUUAAGAACUGCAUUCUUCACAAAGCUGGCGAAGACCUAAUUAAGUCGAAGGCGCUUCCUUCCUCAUCCCGGGACCCUCAUUUAGACAACGAUCGAUUAGUGCUGGCUGAUACCGUGCUACACUUUGUGAAUUCUGAUUGGCUGGGUAGGUUGGGUGUUAGUGGAAACACCCGCCAUUUUGAUGGUAGCAUCAUUGAAUCUCAAGCCCAGGUGAAGAGUAAUUUCGAUGUAGUGGUCUUCAGAUCCUUAAGCUUGCUUCUGCUUAAAGCGUUAGAGACGAAGAGCCGGGAUUUUGCCUACAAAACUGAAUCACAAGUUCAUUUGGAGAGUGUUAUGGGUCUACUCUUGACAGUCAUAAAAAGCCACCUGAAGCCUUCGGCCUGUAUCUACUUAUCUGAACACCCUUGCAUGUGGAUUUCUCUGUUUAUAGAACAAGAUGAUGAGAUGGUAGAAGCUGUAAAGUCACUGCUGGCAAUUUAUUUAAACUUGGAAAGAUCCUGCCACGACGUUAAUUUUACCCCCUGUCGUUCAGAUGACGAAAUCCAGGACAAUCGGACACAUCAGAAUGGUUAUAAUCCCCACUGCAUCUUCUUAUGCCUGUUAGGGAGUAUCGCAUUUGAUGCCACGGUCCUUCUGGAUUUCUUGAUUUCGUCGGAAACCUGCUUCUUGGAAUACUUUGUGCAAUAUUUAAAACUUCUUGUAGAAGACUGGCACUGGUUCGUACAAGUUUCCAAACGCUUUAAGUUCACCGUUGGCAAAGAUCUCAGAAUUUGUGGGGAGAACUUGUCCUGCCAGCAAGAAGACGGCCCCAACUCAAACCUCACAGGGCAGAGCACUGCAUAUGAUCCACGGGCUUCUAUGGAGGCCCUUUUGCCUUCCUCCCUGAAUUUGUCUACCCUCCUUCGUCAGGGAGACAGUCAACCCAAAAAAAUUGAUUUUGUGACCACAUCUAGUGACCCGCAUUUACCGGGGGCUUUUCAGAAGCUGGUUGAUUAUGAUAGCUCAGAUGAUUCUGAAGGGGACUGCGGAAGAGAAGAAUGUUUGACGGACACAGAAGACAAAGCUUUAAACUAUCGAGCCUGUCCAAAUAAAGCCGUUCUCAACGAGAGUGCAAAAAGCUGCAAGCAAGAAGGGUUCCCUUUUCUUGAACAAGAUUUGAAUAUUUCAUCAGGCUCCAGCAGCAAACUCUCCCUUCCAGAAUUUAAAUUAGCAGGUGAAACUUUGCAGAAAGCAACCGCAUGUUUCCAACAAUUGCAAAAGUCCAUUUCUAGGCUGCAUGCAAAGAGACUCUUCCCAUACAACCCAAAUGCACUCGUGAAGCUCUUGAAUCAAAUUCAUAGAAUUGGUGAAGAUCCCCGAGCUGCUUCAGACUAGUCAAUUUGUAAAGAUAUAUAGUCCUCCAGGUUAAACCCAUCUAUUGGUUAGCAUUUGAAAGGAUGUUCCAGAAAAUUAAUAGGCUCUGAAAUACGUGGCCCAAAUGCUUUCUAUGGGAUUGAAGUAUAUAUUGUUCAUGAAUUGUCUGCUUGGUUAAAAAAAAACACUGUAGCUUCAAAUCCCUUGAUCCGUUUAACUCCAAAAGGGGGUUAUAAUCUUGUCUGUGCUAUGUGUGAAUUCUACCGCCCCCCCCCCCCCCAGUUUUUUUUUAAGGCAAUAAAUUCUGAAUUUUAUUUUUGGCACCUUCCUCUGUCUGAGAUAAUUUUGAUAUGAAGGAUAUAUGUUCUCAGUGAGAAUUAAUUGCUGCUUUUUAAAAGAGAAUGCAAUAAGAUUUGUCUGAUACAGAUACAGAUUAACAGUGUUGGAAGGGAUCUUAUAUAGAUCAUCUAGUCCAAUCCCCCGCUCAAGCAGGAGACACUACACCAUUUCUGACAAAUGGCAGUCUUGAAAGUCUUAAGUGAUGAAGCCUCCACAAUGUCCAAAGGCAACUACUAUUCCAUUGGUUGAUUGUUCUCACUGUCAGAAAGUUUCUCCUUAUUUCUAGGUUGAAUCUCUCCU